AUGUCCGAGUCUGAGUCUGAGUCUGAGUCUGCGACCGUGUCUGGUUGUGAGUCUCAGUCUGAGUUUGAUGCUGAUGCUCUGUCUGAAUCUGAUCCUAUCUGCCAUGAGCCCCUGGCGUCCCAGCGUCACUCAGUAGAUCUCAGACAGACACGGCCCAGGGAGCUCACGCCAGCGAGCCGCCAGCCAGCUGGAUUGUUUGACUGCCAUGACCGUUCUGGUCCAAAGGAACCUUCUCAAGAAUGGGUUGAUAAUCGUGGUAAUGAUCCCACUGGCACGGAGAACGGUGGAUUGGAGAAUGGUGGAUUGAACGCUGCUGACUUGCGGAUAAACUUUUACCCUGAAAUCCCGGAAGCCAAAGCAUUACUACGAACUUAG